GCUAGUUACAGCCAAGUGUAGACCCUUACAAACACCUGCACUCAGGCCCGUGGUCCAAUCAUCCUCUCUAUGCAGACCCACUGGGUACCGCCACUAGGAAACCUGAAAAUGGGCUCCCACAAUGUCUGUACAGGUAGGUGUGUUACCGUGCCUGUGGAGGACGAGGGCAACUCUAGGGAGUCCAUCUCAAGUGACUCGAGUUUGCCAAGCAACUGGUUUUACCAGCUGUGACACCUUGCUGGCUUUCCAACUUUAAAAUGGUACUUUCUUUCAAAUCUCCUAAAUGUCUUCAACAUAAACACUCUGAAAACCUUAUCACUUGGCUUCCUCGCCAUUACGUGUUUAAGUCUUCUCAGUAUGUAAACCAGUUCAGAGUUCCAAAAGAACCUCUAGAAAAUUCACAAUAAACUUGGGUCAUCCACAAUAGGGUUGAAAAGUACUUCUCCAACUUUUUCACUAUCCAGCUGUGCUUGCUAUCAGCCAGUUGUUCAUGGAACCGAUUCGGUAGUGAGGGUUGGGGAAAGGAAUGCUCCUGUCUGCAGAGGAAAGUGGGGAGGAGAGAGCACUGGUUAAAGUGAGGUGCCAGUGGCAGCAGUAGCAACACCCCAUAGGAACUUGGUAGAAGACUCUUGGGCCCUGUCUAGACCAACAACAUCAAGCUAUCAGAUCCUAACGCAUGUGAAAACUCAAAGGACUUGAAUUAGCUGGAGUGUCUACUGAAUUACAGACCACAGUCUGUACUUAGAAAUCCAGUCAAGAUUUUAGAAAUACCUGGUUGAAAAUACCUUCUCUAAUGAUCUCCCCUCACCCCAGGGGAACAUCCCGACUUACUUGUACAUUUCUCCUCAUCUAUCAUUUAUGGGAAUGUGUUAUCACUUUAUGAAGCUGGUAUUUAGUAUUAGACUUGCUGAUGAGCGGUAUCAGCACACUCCUGCUGCCUGUCAGUCCAUGCAGUUACAGAUACACUGUGUGCAGCACAAAUAUCAGCACACUCCUGCUGCCUGUCAGUCCAUGCAGUUACAGAUACACUGUGUGCAGCACAAAAGCUCAGCAGCCAGCCUUCCAUUGUCAGCAAACAAGCAAGGGGAGGGUCCAGAGGUGUCGUCAGUGUGGACGACAGAGGGCAUUUUUUUUUUCUUAUGCAAAAGAGCAAAGAGAAGGAUCAACCUAAACCAGAAGCUAACCUCUGCAGGGAGGAGCUACAUGGGAAAGGGAACGCUGACAGCUGUCUUUGCUGACUCCAAUUCCAGCAUCAUGAAUGUGUCGUUUGCUCAUCUCCACUUUGCAGGAGGGUACCUGCCAUCUGACUCCAAGGACUGGAGGACCAUCAUUCCGGCUCUCUUGGUGGCUGUGUGCCUGGUGGGCUUCGUGGGGAACCUAUGUGUGAUUGGCAUCCUCCUUCAUGGUGUUUGGAAAAGGAAGCCAUCCAUGAUCCACUCCCUGAUUCUGAAUCUCAGCCUGGCUGACCUCUCUCUCCUGCUCUUUUCCGCACCUGUCCGAGCCGCAGCAUACUCCAAAGGUGUUUGGGAUCUAGGCUGGUUCGUCUGCAAGUCCUCUGACUGGUUCAUCCACAUGUGCAUGGCAGCCAAGAGUCUGACAACUGUUGUAGUUGCCAAAGUGUGCUUCCUGUAUGCAAGUGACCCAGCCAAGCAAGUGAGUAUCCACAACUGCACCAUCUGGUCAGUGCUAGUGGCCAUCUGGGUUAUAGCCAGCCUGCUUCCCCUGCCAGAAUGGUUCUUUAGCACCACCAGACAUCACGGAGGCGUGGAAAUGUGCCUCCUGGAUGUGCCAGCUGUGGCCGAAGAAUUCAUGUCAGUGUUCGGUAAGCUCUACCCUCUCCUGGUGUUUUGCCUUCCUUUACUUCUAGCCAGCUUUUAUUUCUGGCGAGCUUAUGGCCAAUGUAAAAAACGAGGUACGAAAACACAAAACCUUAGAAACCAGAUUCGUUCAAAGCAACUCACAGUGAUGCUGCUAAGCACUGCCAUCACCUCUGCUCUUCUGUGGCUCCCCGAAUGGGUAGCCUGGCUGUGGGUAUGGCAUCUGAAGGCUGGAGGUCCGCUGCCACCCCAGGGUUUUAUAGCCCUGUCUCAAGUCCUGAUGUUUUCCAUCUCUACAGCAAACCCUCUCAUUUUUCUAGUGAUGUCUGAAGAGUUCAAGGCAGGCUUGAAAGGUGUAUGGAAAUGGAUGGUAACCAGAAAGCCUGUAAGUGCCUCAGAGGUUCAGGGGGCACCAGCUGGAAACACAGAGGCCCUUCCUGACAAGAUUCCAUCUGCAGAGUCCCAAACAUCCAUUCAAGAGACAGACAGACAUGGCUUUCCCAACUCUAGCAAAGAGAAAACUGACAAGGCAGUGGCUCCCACCCUCCCUGACGUCGAGCAGUUUUGGCAUGAGAGGGAUGCCGUCCCUUCAGCACCAGACAAUGACCCUAUACCCUGGGAACAUGAAGGCCAAGAGACAGAGGGCUGUAAUUAGUGGACUUAAUUUUCAAAGAAAAAAUGUGAUUAUUGUAUUUACUUGUACUGUUGCUUAGCCAUAUUGCUGAUUUAUAAAUUACCAUUAGAAACUGCAAAGAUUUCUUUCUGCAUUCCCAAACUAUACAAUCUGGUAAGCAGAAUGGCAUGAGGUGAUUAUGCUUCAGAAUUCUCUUGUCUAAAGAACUCAUUAGAAGUGUUAUGUAAAGUAAUGAUUGUGCUCACAGUAACAUUCCCCCAGGGUAGCCCCUAAACACACCCCUGUACUGCACUGGCUGGAGUAGUUUAUCACUGUUUCUUCCUGAAACUGCUGGCCUCACGUCAGCAAGUUAUAUUUCACCUAAGCAUAGCUCAAAAUCUACAUCUACUUUGGCUUUUGUAAAGUGUAAAUUUGACUUGUAAGUUCUCAUUUGCUAAGUACACGUUAAUAUACUUGAUGAAAAGUCCAUAUAAUUUUCCUGAGCAAAAUUUACAAAAUAAUGAAUACUUCUUCUAUUCUGGACUAAUUUCAAACCAUGGUUCUUUGGGGCCAAAUUUAAGUAAAUUCAAGUCUUGCCUUACAGUAUAAAAGCUGUUUCAAUCCUUAAAAAUCUACCUGAAUUAAGUUUUGGAUUCAAAGUCUGAGAAUAUUAGUAGCCUAACAUGAUAUUCUACAUCAUAAUGCAGAGAAUUUUCAAACAAAUGUCCCUUCUCUUCCAAAAGAGUAUUCCCCAAGCUUAAAUGUAUUCUCCUUGCUCUCUGUUCUCUAAGGCAGACUGUAAGCUGAAGAUGAUACAGGUAUUAACUAUUGAUUAAUAGAUAUAGGCAAGGACAAAGGAGAAUGAUGGGACUUUUCUUGUAUCAUCAAACUUGGAACACCCUGAACUUUAAAAAUAUCACAGGGCUUCUAAGAUAUAAAAAUAAUCAAAUGUAACAAAGUGUGGAAUAGCACACAUUGGGGGGGGGGGAGAGGGGAAGAGAGAGAGAGAGAGAGAGAGAGAGAGAGAGAGAGAGAGAGAGAGAGAGAGAGAGAGAAGGAGAA